AUGCCUCGCGAUCCCGCAGCGAUUGUUGCUGAGAGCACUAAUUUGCAAACUUCUCGUGAGCUUGAAGUUGGUAUCACCCAUUAUGUCGACGAAGAGGCAGCUGGUUUCGCUGGCACCCUGAAGCAAAGAUACGCUGACUUCGGUGUAUUCGAAAUCGAUCCUAAUGGCAAGGUCGUUACUUUGUGCGAUGACGAAGCCCCGGACUGUAUUGCCGAUGAAGAAGAUAAUGCGGAGAAUGAUCCAGUCAUCACCACCAAGCGACCCGAGCCUAAGAAAGUUACUGCCACUUCGGACAGCAAUGGCGCCGCGGUUGUUGCCAACGACGCUUCUGUUGCUUUCACUAUGACACCUGAAGCCAACAAAUUCCUCACCCUGCAUUUCGGAGCUGAAGGCGUAGAUAAUCUCAUUGCUCUCUACAAAGCUAUCAUCGCCAAGCCUGAUCUGAGGCCCAACGCUCACCCCCGUGUCACUUCACUUCCAGUCGAGAGAGAUGACCGCUUCGAAGUUCACGAGAAUCUUCGUCGUAUCUUCCACAGCCGCUUUGUCAGCGAGCAUGAGAAUGGAAAGAUCGUUGUGAUGGCCGCACACCCCAAUGCACGAAGAUCCCAACCUCAAAACCAACCCCGCAACAAUGGUCAAAUCAAAGGCAAGGCCGGCUGGGCUGCCAAGGGUGGCGAAUUCCUUCAUAUGACCUUGUAUAAGGAAAAUAAGGAUGUUAACGAAGUUAUCUCUUUCAUUGCUCGCAUGAUCAACACCAAGCCUAAGGACUUUGGCUGGGCUGGAACCAAGGACCGUCGGGCUGUAACCUGCCAACGUGUCAGCGUUCGCCGCCAAACCGCAGAGAGAAUGAGAAAGAUUAACGCCACUCUUCGAAACUCCCAAAUUAGUAACUUCAAGUACGAGAAGCAAGGUCUUGAACUUGGUGAGCUUGAAGGAAAUCUGUUCGUCAUUGCUCUUCGCGAUUGCGAGUUCGACGUUCCUGCUGGUUUGAAUGAAGCUGCCAAGCUUAAGUUCAUCAAAGAGUUCCUCGCCGUUCGCGUCAAGAGCCUGCAAGAGAACGGAUUCAUCAACUACUUCGGUCUUCAACGCUUCGGAACUUACGGUGUUGGCACUGACGUUGUCGGAUUGUUCAUUCUGCAAGGUAACUUCGAAGCCGCAGUCAAUGCAAUCCUUACCUUCAAGAAGGACACGAUGAUAGUCGACUCGGUAUUCGCGGUCCGUGACAAAGUCAACAGAGAUGAUGUCGCCCGUGCUACCUCUAUCUACCACUUUCAAAAGUCAGGAUCGGCAAAAUAUGCUAGAGAGAAUAUGCCAAAGAAAUUCAGCGCCGAGCUCGCGGUCAUGAACCAUCUCUCCAACAACCCAAAGGACUUUCUUGGUGCUCUUACGAAGAUUAAUCGAAACACGAAGACUAUGUACGUCCAUGCAUACCAAUCUCUUGUCUGGAAUGCCGUAGCUAGCGAACGUUGGGCCCGUUAUGGCCGCAAGGUCGUCAAGGGUGAUUUGGUCUUGGUCGAUACGCAAGCUGAAAAGCUAGCUCGAUUGGACGAAGUCGACGAGAACGGAGAGGUUGUCGUUCACCCCGCUGCUCAUGACACAGCUGUCACUCACGAUGAUAUCUAUCAACGAGCUCGUGCUUUGACCGCCGAGGAAGCUGACAGUGGCAAAUACACUAUCUUUGAUGUUGUCCUUCCUACUCCUGGUUUCGAUGUCAACUAUCCCGACAACGAUAUUGGUGAUUUCUACAAGGAGUUCAUGUCGAGCACGCGUGGUGGUGGCCUUGAUCCGGCAAACAUGCGUCGCUCUCAGAAGGACUUCAGUUUGAGCGGUUCUUAUCGACUCCUCAUGGGAGAGGUUUCCAAAGACAUGACAGUCAAAACCCAGAUCUAUCAUGAAGCUAACACCCAGCUUGUCGAGACCGACCUCGAAAAGCUGCGAAAAUCAAGACCUCAACCGAAGGAAGAGAAUGGCACUGCUGUCGAGCCUGCCCAUCCUGCGGAGAAGGCAAUUACCAAGACCACCCAAACUCCAUCGCCAACCAAUGUUCGUGGCCGCAGUCCUCCUAGCUACCACAAGACUCGCGAAGAAGAGCUUGCUAUCGCUCGUGCAAAGAUUUCCAGCAAUUCUGGUGCUAUGAUGGGCUGGGCAAAUCUGGCGAAUACCAUCGGGGAGAAGGACAAAGCCGCCGCUGAGGCCUCCCAGGCAGAGAGAGCCAAGCUCCGAGCUGAAGGUCUUGAAGGCCCAUCGUUUAAGGACACCUGGCGCGAAAUGCAAGGAGAGUCCUCCACUCUUACCGGUAACGAGGUCAUCGAGGUCCGCGGCGAAGUCAAGGAUACUCGAGCAACCGUCGCUGCCCCAGUCACCGGAGACAUCAGUCAGAAGACCCCUGCCGCCGUCACUGUGGUUGACCCUCCCUCCCCUUCGACGCCAACCGCCUCUCAACCCGAUCCUUCCACCCCUGAGAAGACUGUUACCGCAGCCUCUUCAACUCCCGAGCAGAAUGGUAAGCGUGGCGUUGAAGAGAUCUCGAAAUCAGCUCCUUCUUCCCCGCGUUCAUAUGAUGGCCUUCCAGAACACACACGAAUCGCUGUCAUCCUCACUUUCUCUCUUGGCCCAAGCCAGUAUGCCACCAUGGCUCUUCGUGAGUUGAUGAAGUCCAGCGGAGUUCGCACCUUCCAACCCGACUACUUCACUGGUCGAAGAUAA